AUGCUGCUGGCACGCCCAGCCACGGCGAAUGCGACGCCUGAGGACAAGAUUAAGCAGCUGUAUAGCAGCAGCAGCGACCACACAAACAACUGGGCCGUGCUUGUGUGCACAUCGCGGUUCUGGUUCAAUUACCGGCAUAUGGCCAACACGCUCUCUCUGUACCGCACAGUGAAGCGCAUGGGCAUACCCGACUCGCACAUUAUCCUUAUGCUGGCCGACGACGCAGCAUGCAAUGCGCGCAACAAGAAGCCCGCGGCAGUCUACGACCACCCGCGUAAGGCCAAGGAUCUGUAUGGCGACAAUGUCGAAGUGGACUACCGCGGGUACGAGGUGACUGUAGAGAACUUUAUCCGGCUGCUGACGGGCCGCGUAUCGCCCGACACGCCUCGCAACAAGCGGCUACUGACGGAUGACAAAUCCAACAUAUUCAUUUACAUGACGGGUCACGGCGGCGAGGAUUUCCUAAAGUUCCAGGACGCAGAGGAGAUCAACAGCUACGACAUCACGGACGCGUUCAAGCAGAUGUCAGAGAAGCAGCGGUAUCACGAGAUUCUCUUUAUGAUUGAUACCUGCCAGGCCAACACAAUGUACAGCAAGUUUGAGUCGCGAAACAUUCUGAGCAUUGGGUCGAGCAAGAAGGGCGAGAACUCGUACUCGCACUUCCACGACUUUGAUCUGGGAGUGUCGGUCAUUGAUCGGUUCACGUACUAUAACCUUGACUUCUUAGAGUCGGUUGACAUGUCGAGCAAGCAGACGCUGGCCGAUCUGGUGCGUGCGUACAAUACGUCACUUAUUCAUUCUCAUCCAGGCGUGCGCGAUGAUCUGUUUGCACGCGAUUUGAGCAAGACUUACCUGACGGAUUUCUUUGGCGCUGUGCAAAACAUCGAGCUAACAGCCGAGGCGUUCCCCAUCGGUCAGACACAGGACAAGGCGAGGUAG